UUUUUUUUGGUGAGGCAAAGGUGCCGUGACAUCAUCUCCAUUAAGUUUUGGAAACUCCAAGUCUUUGCCUUGAAAUCGGACUGGUGUGGCUGUCCACCCUACCUAUAAAAAGCAAGAACUGGGCUUGCACCCUGCAUCAGACAGAGGAGGAAUCUGCUCUGGUCCUGCCUCUGCCCUUGCAGCUCAUCUCUGCCCAUAAUGAACGCCUCCACAGUGUGCCUCUCCAUCAUCCUUGUUGCUGCCCUCUUUUCUCAGGCCUCUCCUGCUCCAUUCGGGGCUGACACAACUGUGUGUUGCUUCAGCUACACCUUACGAAAGCUGCCCCAGAGUCAUGUGAAGGAUUAUUUCUACACCAGCAGCAAGUGCUCACAGCCAGCAGUUGUGUUCAUCACCAGGAAGGACCGGGAGGUCUGUGCUAACCCUGAUGCCAAGUGGGUGAAGGAAUACGUGAACGCCCUGGAGCUGCAGUGAGUUCUGGGAGCUGAGAGGUCUAUGCCCUGGAGAAGUCCUGUGAUACCAUCCAGCAGUCUUGGCACAGACCUAGAAAUCCUGCUGCUGAGCACCAGGACCUGCUGAGCCACCUUGGGAACGCUGAAGUUCCUUUUGUCUUGCAAAUAUGUCAUGUAUCCAUGAUAACUUAGCCACCCAUAUGGGCAGCUGUGAUGCUGGGGACCUCCUGGCCUUGCAGACCCAUCUUGGAAUGGCCUGCUGUGUGACAUGUGGCUAAACUGUCCCCUCCUUGUGCCUACACUGCUAGAAUGGGAAGGGGGUUUUAUCCCCAGGGCUAUUUGUGGGAAGCGGUGUGUCAGGAUUAAGUGCGGGUGCUGUUGUGCAAACCCAGCUGACCUCCCAGCCAGCUGCUCUGCCUGAGAUCUGUGUCGCGAGCGAAGGAAGUGGUAUGCUGGUUACUUACAGGCUGCUCAUUGUGGAACCACAUCGUUCAGCCUUGUCCUCAAAACUCUGUCUCUUGCUGGUGCCAAAGAAUAAAGAUUUUUUUCUCUCUGUGUCAGCUCUGGAAGAGGUU